GGAUGCUGGGGGGGCGGGAGGCGGGCGAGAGGCGGGCCCGGGCGGUCUGCUUCCUCCGGCAUCCAGGCAGAAGCUGGACACCUCCGGGCCGGGCUGGGGCUCUGCUCGCUCCUGCCCCCAGGCUCCCGCGCCCACCGCCCACCCUCCCCUGCGGCGCCCCAGGAGUCCUGAUGGCAGCAGAGCCACUGACUGAGCUGGAGGCGGCCAUUGAGACAGUGGUCACCACCUUCUUCACCUUUGCAGGGCAGGAAGGCCGGAAGGGCAGCCUCAGCAUCAGUGAGUUUAGGGAACUGGCCACACAGCAGUUGCCUCACUUGCUCAAGGAUGUGGGCUCCUUAGAUGAGAAGAUGAAGAGUUUGGAUGUGAAUCAGGACUCCGAGCUCAAGUUCCACGAGUACUGGAGACUGAUAGGGGAGCUGGCCAAGGAGAUCCGGAAGGAGAGGGCCCUGGAGAUCCGGAAGAAGUAAAGCCUCUGACCAGGAUAGUGCUGGGGGGUGGCUGGCCAGGCAGAACCCCACUCCCCCCAAAUAAAGCCUCUUCUUCCCACCCUA